ACCUGGGGCAACCUGGAUUCCUCUGGAGGGUUCCAGAAGCCCAUACUUAGCCAUGCACUGCUCCUGCUCCUCCUCCUGGCCAGUGGGGCUGAGACCUUCCGCAUCUGUGCUUUCAACGCCCAGCGGCUGACACUCAACAAGGUGGCCAGGGAGCCUGUGCUGGACACCUUAGUACGGAUCCUGGCUCGCUGUGACAUCACGGUGCUGCAGGAGGUGGUGGACUCUACUGGCAGUGCCAUCCCCCUCCUGCUUCGAGAACUCAAUCGAUUUGAUGACUCCGGGCCCUACAGCUCCCUGAGCAGCCUCCUGCUGGGGCGCGGCACGUACAAGGAGAAGUACGUGUACAUCUACCGGUCACACAAGACGCAGGUCCUGGAUUCCUACGUGUACGAUGAUCAGGAUGACCUCUUUGCCCGGGAGCCCUUUGUGUGCCGGUUCUCUUUGCCCAGCAAGGUUCUUCCCAGCCUGGUGCUGGUCCCACUGCACACCACUCCGAAGGCUGUAGAGGCGGAGCUGAACGCCCUGUACGAUGUAUUUCUGGAUGCCUCCCAGCGCUGGCAGAGCGAGGAUGUGAUCUUGCUUGGGGACUUCAAUGCAGACUGUGCUUCGCUGGCCAAAAAGUACCUGGACGACCUGGUCCUUCGGACGCAGGCUGGCUUCCACUGGGCCAUCGCUGACGGCGUGGACACCACGGUGCGGGCCAGUACCCACUGCACCUACGACCGCAUAGUGCUACACGGGGAGCGCCUCCAGAGCCUGCUGGCAGGCGCAGCCGCCUUCGACUUCCCCUGGAGCUUCGGGCUCACUGAGGAGGAGGCCCUCAACAUCAGCGACCACUACCCCGUGGAGGUGGAGCUGAGCCGGGCCGUGCACAGGGUCCAGCCCCUCAGCCUGGCCACUCUGUUGCUGUCACUGCUGCUGCUGCUGCCACUCCUGUCCCCCCAGCUGGGCCUGGUGGCCUGAAGCCACCGUGUACAGGCUGCCUACAGAUGUGAGGACUAUGCGGUCUUCCGGACUCAACCCCCCCGCCCCCCCUUCCACCCUGCCCUGGUGCCACUCCUCCAUGUGCCUUUGCUUUGGUUCGUGUUCUUUGGUUGGGCCUGUGCUUGGCAUUAGAAUGUGGAAGAGGAAGGCAGGGGCCCUGCAGCUGGACGUGUGCCACUCUCCGCCCAAGUAGUGUCAGGAGUAAGGACAAAAAGCGGGCUCCAGGGCUGGGGGAGGGGAUGAAAGGGCUCAGCAGGUGAUCUUGGCUAAAGUGCAGGGCUCAGGAAAGGGAAUCACAACAGAUCAAAAGAUUUUAUUAUUGUAUGACAAGACCACACACACUGAGAACAGAGAGCUAGAUUGCAGGGAUAUUACGUGUGUGUAGCAGACAUGCCAAAGGCUCAUCUUUAUCUACACAGGAUGUAUAUGAACCAACAAUAUCAAGACCCCAGUAGAGACAUCCCUGGUGGUCCAGUGGUUAAGAAUCUGCCUUCUGGAAAAAAAAAAAAAAGAGUCCACCUUCUAAUGCAGGGGACAUGGGUUUGAUCCCUGGUCAGGGAACUAAGAUCCCACAUGCUAUGGGGCACCUAAGCCCACAAGCCCAGGUGCCACAACUCAGACCCAACACGGCCAAAGAUAAACAUUAAAAAAAAAAGACCCCAGUAGAUAGAACACACACACUAACUAGUACACAGGAAAUAUUUAAGCUCAUUAUAACCCAACUAGCUGCCCUGACACCUCUGGUCAAGUCCAUGUUCAGAACCACCAUGCAAUCUGGCCCCCACCACCCAGGAUGCUGUCAGGCACUGCCUGGAGCAGGCUGUUACCAAGGCUACAGGUGCACACAAAUCUACAGAAACCAGCUAUGUGACCAUAAUAGCUACUGUGUGAAUGUGUGGCUCUCCAGGAAAAGGGGCUACAAAUAGGAUAUCCAGCAAAAGUUAACAAUGACCCCAUUCAGCAUGUUAUCACAGAACCUUCCUGCCCCAGCUCCAUUUCCCAGAAAACAGAGCUCAUUAAAAACAGCCAGCAGGACAUCAGAGCUGUUUAAGUGCAAUUUAUCUUUUUAUGAUUUAGAAGCAUCUACUUGAGCUAAAAAGGUAGUUUUAAACUUUAGAAACAGCAGUUACCAAGGAUUACAAAAUGCCAGGGGCCUCUCAGGGGCUGAGGGUCUGCGUGCUACAUGCAGUCACAGCCAGACUGAGGCCAGGCUCUGCAGCUACCGUGCUGGGCUCUGGAGCCAAAUCCGUUUAGGGUCCUCUUCUGGGCUCACAACCUCAGGCCAUCCCACCUAGCGGAGAUGUGGGACUCAGCUCUUGCAGCAGGGUGGCCCUGGCAGUCAGCCACCAGGCAGCACACCAAGAUCCCCUGGGCCAAGGAGGGCACUGCACACUGUGUGCCCAAACAUGUCUUGUGCCCAAGGCCCUGUUUCAGCCAUAGGAGGUUGAUGUCAGGAGUGGUGGCAAGAGCCCUGAGAAUGAGGCCCUAUAAGGGGUGGUGGGUUAGGCUUCGGAUGGGGGAGGGGGUGGCACAAGGAGACUCCACUCUGUAGGAAGGGAAUCAUGUUUAGGCCCAGGACAAACGUUCUAACUGAAUGACCCCAGUCUCCUGGUGAAAAUAAAAUACAGCUAGGACCAUGUUCCUUCCUCCCCAUUUCCAACAGUGUUCCUGUUCUGGUCUGAGACCCUUGGGAAAGAGCUUUCACAGCAGCCUGAGGUCCUUUUCCAUGGCCCAGGGUGGGUGCUUUACUAAGGAAGUGCUCCCUGUACAUCCAGGGUGACUUGUGAACCUAAUGCCUGGUAUCUGGGUGAGUCCAAGACCACAUCAUAACUGAGCAAAGGCUGCUGGUCCUGGUGCUGGGCUUAUUACCUCACUGGCCCUGCUAAGUGCCAACUGGCCAGCUUAGCUGUCAGCCAUUUUCUGAAGAAAGGGACAGCAACUCUAGGGCUCCUCACCCCCC